UUCGAGAUUAAGAAAUGCAAACGACCGUUUCAAAACGAACGUGAAUCGAGUAAAAAUUCGAAAGAUUAAAACCACCCACGAAAAUGACAACAGAAGAGCAGAAAGUACCGUAUUAUAAAGGUUUUUCUCCGGAAAUGAGGCACAUUUAUGGAAAAUCUCUAGAAAGGAUCCCGUAUUUUCAACAGUUGAAGGAGAGAGAAAGUGACGAGAAAGGAUUGGGAAGAAAUUAUGAAACGAAAAAUAUAUUUCAAGUUAUUAUACCAUCUGUUAGAUUCAUACCUGGAUACACAGGCCAUCUUCCCGGAAAAAACGAUGUUUUUGGAAAGACAUUUUCACAGCAGGUGGAGGAAUGUUUGAAUAAUUUAGCUAAAAUUAGAAAAAUGAACGAAGAAAGAAUGAAAAUGUUAGAAGAAAGCUCUAAUGGCUUUGAUAAACAAUAUCAGAAGAUGGAACGACCUUCAUCAAGCCCAAAUAAAGAUCUUUUAGAUAAGAGAUCGUUAACACCACAACGUCUUCAAGAGUUUAGACCUGAAGCAGAUGAUCAAUUCACAAAUUAUCCGCCUUCAAAUAACUAUAUAGAACCAGAUAGAUCUGAUUUAUAUAAAUUCGAUAGACAAAACCUAAGAACAGAACGUCCAAAAACAUGUAGCAGAUUCAAUUACAACAAUCGAGCAGAUCGCAACCCCGAUGAGUUAUUCAAAGAAUUAAGGUAUGAAUCUCCAUUUUCUCAAAAAUUACAAAAAGAUUACUCAAAAUUUGAUAUUUCUAAACACGAUUUUGGCUCCAAAAGUCCAAAUUAUACGAAGGAUCCUGAGAUUUAUAGACCUACACCAGAAUCAAGAAUGAGAUAUUCUUCUGUGGAUAAUUACAGGGAUUAUAAAGAAGACAAAAACAUUAAUAUGAUAGAAAAAUAUUCUGGUUGCAAUCCUGAUGUAAACGAAAAUCAGGAAUGCAAUUACAGAAAAAGUAAUCCCAUUAAGUGUACUCAAAGUAGUGAUGAAUUAAGCACUGUUAAAGAAAGUAAGGAUUUAACUGGAGAGAAGGCAAUUAAUCAAUCGUAUGAUUUUAACGAUCAUCACGAGAAGGAUUACAAGCCGCAGAUCGAUCCACAGAAUCAAAGUGAUAAAAACUUAGAAGAUAAUGAGAAAUCUCUUGGAGUUAGUAAUCAUAAAGAUCAGAUGAAUGAUGUAGAAAGUUACGCGAUUCAAGAUCUCCCUGAUCCUCAGUUGGCUCAUAAACGGAAUCAGGAUUAUAUACAGAACAAUCCCCAAUUAUCAUCACCGAACGAACAAAUGGAGAAUCAUCUGCUCAAGGAAUCAAGCAUGCCAAAUGGAUUUAAAGAGAAUUUGGAUUCAUCAGUAAUCGUAUCAGAUAGAAGACCUUCUACUGGAUUUUACAGAUAUCCAACAGGUGUAACAGAUAAGAUCAGUCGUUAUAUAAAUUGGAAUGAUUAUAUAAACUCUAAGGGGUUGAAUCUUAGAAGACCAAAUUUUUAUAGAACCACUUACGACGAUUUUAAUAAUACUGCUAGACACUUUAAUUCUACAUUAAAUCCUCACGUUUUCGGAAAUCGAGGAUACAGUUCACGUUUAAAUUCAACUUCAUAUUUAGGAAUUCCUCCUAUGGACAAUGUUAAAUUAUGAUGUGGUAUAUUUGUGUACUCAAAAUUCUUAAAUUUUAGUGAUAAAAAACAUUAAUGUUCUUUAAAUUUUCAUGUCGUAAAUUCAUUAAU